UUCACACAUGUAGACACAAGCACUUUUUCUUCUGUGCCUUAGUGCUAUCUAACAUUGUGAUGGAUGCAUCGGAGAGCAACUUGAGGUUGCCCAAGGAUAUUUGGUUUGCAGACUGGAGCAGUCAGGGAUCAAACAACCAACCUUUUGAUUAGUUGAUGACCUGCUCUACUUCCUGAUAUACAGGCAUGUUUUAACUUUUUGCAGACUUUAGACUGGUUCUUGUAGGCAAGACUGGAGCUGGGAAAAGCUCCAGUGGAAACACCAUACUGGGAAGAGAUGCCUUUGGAGCAGCAGUCAGUCAGUCAGUCCUCAGUCACUGCAAAGUGCUGCAAGCAGAAUGGGGAGGUGUUCGGCAGGGAGGUGACCAUCGUUGACACUCCCGGCCUCUUCGACACCUCAUUACCUGAUCACAUCGUGAAGAGGGAGAUCUCCAAAUGCAUCAACAUGUCAGCCCCAGGGCCCCACGCCAUCCUGCUGGUCAUCAAGAUGGGACCCUUCACACAAGAGGAAAGAGAUGCUGUGGAGAAGGUGGAGGAGAUCUUUGGAGACGGUGCCUGGAGGUACACCAUGGUCCUCUUUACACUGGACAGUGAAACUGGACUGGAUAUCCAGAGUGAGCUGGACGAGGCUGGGCCUGAACUGAAGGAGGUCCUGCAGAAGGCCCAGAACAGAUACCACGUCUUCAACAACAGCCAAGCUGAUGAUCGUGGUCAGGUCCUGGAUCUGCUGGAGAAGGUGGAGAGGAUGGUGGCUGACAAUGGAGGAGAGUUUUACUCCAACUACACCUACCUGCAGGUGGAGGAAAUGUUGAAGCAGAGAGAGUCCAAGCUCAGAGAGUUCUACGAGAAGGAAAUGCAGAAGAAAAUAAAAGCUGUGGAGUUAAAGUACAAGUAGCUGAUGGAGGCUCAGAAGGAACAACCAGGCAUGAAGAGACGAUGUCAGGCUGAAGUGCAGGAAGUGAAACGCUUUUUCAAAGCUUUAAAGACAGAUGUCCGCCAUGUUGUAGAGCAGACUGUGGAAACGGACACCAUGGAUGACAUUCAGAAGUUUCACAUGACCCUAAAACUAAAGUUUACCCCUUAACCUCUUCUGGAGCCUCAUGGCUUCAUCCUUAGAAACUCCACACUGUUCCUCAAUGUUUCUUGUUCAUAAUUCAAAUGCCAACACCAUUUUUCCAUUGGAAAAGAAAAAUAAUCCAACAAUUGGAAGCUUCCUCAUGACC